GAAUUGAAAACGAAGGAGGAGGUGGUUUUUCUCUUUCAAUAUUAACUUCAAAGUCACCUUUACAUCCCCUUCAAUCAUUUUCCCGCAAAAAGAGCGGAAGGGAAAAAGUGAGAAAGCAAAAGGGCAGGGGAAGUUACUUUUGUUUGUUCAUGAUGGCGAGAAUUCCAGUAAGAUUCAAUAGGAUAGCGGCGGCUUUCGAUGAAGCGGCCAGGGCGCCUCCAAUACGGCUAUGUGAGAGUAGCGGCAGCGACCACUCUCCUGAGGAUUUGACUGAUCUUUCGGAUCUCGUGAAUUCUUUUAUUGAGAGCAAUUGCGGGGUUGAAACUGAUGAGGGUAAGAUUGAGCAAGAGAAGGAAAAUGAGAACGAUGGAUCAGAGGGUUAUUGGUCAGGUUCUGAGACCAAAGAUACGUUAAAGAGUUUGGUUGGUAACAACAUCUAUGAUGGGAACGAAGAUGAUGUGAAACACAAGAUUCUCGAACAGACAGAACUUGCUUAUGGGAGUCUACGAGACAGGUCUUCUGAGGGUUUUAAACGUCAGCUUAUGUCUCGUUUGCGAGACAAGGGCUUUGAUGCUGGACUGUGCAAAUCUCGGUGGGAGAAAUUUGGGGGGCAUCCAGCUGGGAGUUAUGAAUAUGUAGAUGUGAAUAUUAGUGGAACACGUUAUAUUAUUGAAGUAAAUCUUGCUGGAGAAUUUGAAAUAGCUCGACCAACAACAAGUUACGCUUCAUUAAUCGAUGUUUUCCCAAAAAUUUUCGUGGGAAAACCAGAAGAACUCAAGCAGAUUGUGAGGCUGAUGUGCAAAGCAAUUAGAGAAUCAAUGAAAAGUAGCGAAAUGAAGAUGCCUCCUUGGAGGCGAAAUGGGUACAUGCAGGCCAAGUGGUUUGCUUAUUACAAGCGUACAACCAAUGAAAUUUCAGCUAAAAACGCAUCACAGAAGAAUGAUGCAGUUGCAACCAAAAUAUCAGUUGGGUUUGAGACGGUGCCGACGGUUUCUUAUUACUGCAGAGAUAAUUUUGCCAGUAAGGCUGGUUUGAAAGUAGGUUAUUUGACUGCUGCCUUCAAUGCAAAUGGCAGUAUUGGUUUGCAAUUGUAGUCAUUCCAGGGAAUUGCGUGAAUUGUACAUAAAAAGACCGAUGUUUAUAUUAGCAAUUGAGUUACAAAUAUGCUUUGAACAGGGGUCGACAUAUUGGCCUACUGACUUCUUUAUGAUUUGAUGUAUCAUAUAUAGUUUCUGUUAGAGCUUUGGAAUGUCAUCAAGAUUCUUAUCUACCCUUAAAUUUACAAUCGACGUCGUUUUUGAAUUUGUAAUGGCCCUGGGUUUGACGAGAGACGACCUUUAAAUUCUGAGCCCUCAGAUAUGUUCAUUUUAUUUGUCAAGUCCGCCCAAAGUUCUUGAAAUUCUGAGCCCAUGAAUCCAUGCCCUAAUUUC